AUGUCCUCCGGAUUUGUAUCAGGUGGAACGACAGAUGCUCCAAUUGAGCGCAGUGAUGAAUGGCUCGUCGCUCAACAAGAAAUAGAAGCUAAUCGACAACGAAAAGCCAAUGAAGCAAGACAACAAGACGGAAAGAGCUUAUUCGAGAUUCUAGAAGCAAAUAAAGCUGCCAAACAAGAUGCAUUCGAUGAAGCCAAUAAAAUCAAGAAUCAAUUCCGAUCGCUAGAUGAAGAUGAGAUCGAAUUUUUGGAUUCGGUAUUAGAAAGUACGCGGGCGGAAGAAGAUAGAGUGAAGAAGGAAACUGCGGAGGGAUUGGAUUUAUUUAGGAAACAACAAGAAGAGGCAGACAAGAAGGCGAGAGCGGCUGAAAAUGAUGGAACACAAAUACAAGAGGGUUCACCAGUGCGGGAGGAUGAAUGGGGUACUACUGGUCGAAAGCGCAAGCGUACAAAGGAUAAGGAAGCACUGAAGGGAGUUAAGGUUAGGAGAGCCUCGUCUUCCGCAAACCAAGCUCCUGCCCCUUCCAAGGAGAUCUCUAAGCCUUCAAAGGACGAGUCUACCUCAAUCACGACAAGCACUGAGUCAUCAAGGUCUAAAGAUUCAGCCAAAGUCCAGGACACGCAGCCUUCAACGGUAGUACCUAAGCCGGCGGUAGUCAAGAAGCCAUCACCCCCUCCCAAGAAAAGCCUAGGAUUGGUAGAUUAUGGAUCCGAUGAGGACGACGACUAA